UCAGUGAAAUAAAAGUGAGCGAGUGAAAUAUAUGGAACAAAAAGUGUCCAUUCGCCAAAGAAUCUUUUAUUUGAAUACAAAGUAAGGAAACAGCAAACAUUUAACUUUUAAAUGCAAAAACGGGAGAGUGAAAGUAAAAACAGCGACAUUUCAGAAGGAAAUGAAAAAUUUGCAAUUGAAGAAAAUGAUAAAUUAUGCGCUGAUGCGCCAAAUGGACACUCUGGAAAUGAUAAAGAAAUUGAAAGAAAUGUGGCAGAUGUAAGAAAAAUGGAAGUUGCUGGCGAAAAGCAAGUUUAUGAAUGUGAUAUUAGCCCUGACAACGAGGACAAGCACACUAGUGGGGAUAAUUUACUUGAGGACGAGAAAACUGCUAUGCGUACUGGAGAAGACUGUGUUGUGCCUUGUGAUACUGCCUUCAAUGUACGUGUCGUGGAAGAGAAAUUGAAUAGUGUGUGUCUCGAUUGGGAUUUCUUGGAUGAUGUCGAGGUAUAUAAAAUCGAAAAAUAUCACCGACGACGCGGCUGGGAGCAAGUCGCUUGGGUAGGCUAUGCACCUACGACCAUCGAAAAUUUGGCUGAGAACUUCACAUAUCGUUUGCGCAUCAAGGGACAGUGCUUCUCGGAGUCACUCGGUCUGUUUGAGGAUGUCAAUGUGUCACCAGAGUUUUUGGUUACUACUUUAGCAGCACUGCCUACUGCGCUGUGUCUACACCGCGCCAUCAAGAAAGGUCAACAGUUUUUGGUUAAGCGUAUACUACGGCGACGCCCCAGCUUGUUAGACUACCCCGGUCCGAAUAGUUACUUGCCGCUGGCGAAUGCCAUUAUGAACGGUGAGCAUUGUGUCACCGAUGUGCUGCUGAGCCAUGGCGCUAGUGUACAUACCGGCAAUCCGCUUAAUGGACGCACUCCACUGCAGCUCGCUUUCUACCAUGGGCGCUUGGCCGUCGCACGCAUUCUGUUAAAUCGUAAGGCACAGCUUGAAGCAACUGACAUUAAUGGCAUGACUGCUUGUCACUUUGCCGUCGACGCUAAUCAAUUGGAGCUGCUUAGAUUUGCGCUGGAAAACGGUGCCAAUGUGAAUGCAACGGAUGCUUGCGGCUGGUCAUUACUGUCACGUGCAGUUGUUAUGGGCGCUGACGCUUGUGUUCUGAAGCUGCUGCUGACAUACGGUGCGGAUGCCAAGUCCGUGGAUAAACUGGGCAAGACUUGCGUGGAUUUGGCGAACAUAUACAAGAACGACAUAGCGAGUGAUUAUUUGGUGAAGGCCUUGCGGCCUAAGUAAGAGUAGUAGAACGUAAGCGGUUUAUUUACAAGCUUCUUGUAGAAGUAUAAUGUUUUGGUUUUUCGGAAAAAUGAAACAUGAUUAUUAUUAAAGUUUACUUAGACAUAUAUACUUAUGUUG